CUGUGUUUCUCCUAAACCAGGAGUUAAAUGCUGGUGCGACCGCAAAAAUUCAAAGUCAAAAAGAAACUUAAUCCAUUCAAUUUAGCAUAACCAAAUUAUCAUCCAAUCGCUUGAUUAGCUCCAAAGGAAAACAUCCAGUCCUACCCCAUAUUAUCUUCCAUUUUCAAUCUUUUCUUUGAAUCUCAUGUCAACAGUCUUUUUAUACGCUGUGGAUGUUUCAAGUUUUUGUUCACUUGCUUUUGGUUCCGUACUUCUGUCUGCACGAAUGGCAGUGUUUUGGAUUCUCAGCUUUGAAGACCGAUCGGUAAACUUGGGAUGAUGCGAGCCACCACCAUGACGGCCCGACUGUCUUAGGCGAAUCCUCUCAUCCUCACGAUGCGAUCACUUCUCCGAACAUUACUGCGUAAACAAACGUACCGUCGUGGGUCGAUUCAUUA